AUAUAAUAUAACAGAAAAACAGAAACCAGCAUUCUUUAAUGGCGUCCUUAAUUUCCACCACAGUUUCAAUCUUACCCUUCCAAUCUCUAACUUUCUCCUCCUUUUCCCCUACUUUCUCUCAGUUUAACCGCUCAUCACGGUACACACUCGCCAGUCUCCGUCGCGGUAGAGUGCCUGGUCGGCCGCCGGAAACCGCCAUGUCCUCCGCCAUUCAGAUGCCUAUGAUGCAGUCUCAACGACGCGAUGGUGAAACCGAAUCCUUUCAGGACUCUUUGAAUCGGGCCGGAGAUAGGGAUCUGCUAACCAGUGAUAGAGAAGACGAAGAAGCAUGCUCCUCUAGUAAAACUUUUCCACCUAAGAAUAGGAAUGCUAGGAGUCCCAUACGGUUCUUUGGUGUAGACCUUGUUGCCGAUAAUAUUGCUGUUGCUAUGGUGUACUUUGUACAAGGUGUCCUAGGUUUAUCUAGACUUGCAGUCAGCUUUUACUUGAAAGAUGAUCUUCACCUGGAUCCUUCCGAGACAGCUGUCAUAUCUGGUUUCUCAGCGUUGCCAUGGUUGAUCAAACCUCUCUAUGGCUUUAUUAGUGAUUCGAUCCCCCUAUUUGGAUAUCGGAGGCGCUCAUAUUUAGUUCUUUCUGGCCUUCUUGGAGCAUUUUCUUGGACUUUGAUGGCUACCUUCGUUGACAGCAAGUAUGAUGCUGCUUUAUGCAUACUUCUUGGAUCUCUUUCUGUUGCCUUCUCUGAUGUUGUUGUAGAUUCCAUGGUUGUAGAAAGAGCUCGUGGUGAGUCACAAAGUAUGUCAGGAUCACUUCAGUCCUUGUGUUGGGGCUCGUCAGCCUUUGGAGGGAUCGUGAGUUCAUAUUUUAGUGGGUCUUUGGUUGAUGCCUAUGGUGUGAGGUUUGUAUUUGGUUGUACCGCCUUGCUCCCACUAAUAACUUCUGCUGUUGCUGCACUUGUCAACGAACAGCCAGUGUUAGCCACCACAAAAGGGGGUCCUAGUCUUAACUUUUUUCAAAACUCAAAACAAAACAUUUUUCAGUUAUGGAUUGCUGUCAGGCAACCACACGUGUUUCUUCCCACUUUAUUUAUUUUUCUUUGGCAAGCAACGCCACAUUCGGAAUCUGCCAUGUUUUACUUCACCACCAAUAAACUUGGUUUCACCCCGGAAUUUCUUGGACGUGUUAAGCUCGUAACUUCAGUUGCAUCACUUCUUGGUGUUGGACUUUAUAAUGGGUUUCUCAAGAAUGUUCCAUUACGCAAGAUUUUUCUUGUGACAACAUUCUUCGGUUCAGCCCUUGGAAUGACUCAGGUUUUCUUGGUCACUGGUCUGAAUCGACAGCUUGGCAUAAGUGAUGAAUGGUUUGCAAUUGGGGAUUCUUUGAUUAUCACAGUUCUUGGUCAGGCUUCUUUCAUGCCGGUGCUUGUGUUGGCAGCAAGACUGUGUCCAGAAGGAAUGGAAGCAACACUUUUUGCGACCUUAAUGUCGAUAUCAAACGGAGGGAGUGUUUUGGGGGGUCUUCUUGGUGCGGGUUUGACAGAAUUUUUUGGUGUAACGAGGGAAAGAUUUGACAACUUGGCCACCCUUAUUGUUCUUUGCAAUCUCAGUUCUUUGUUGCCUUUGCCAUUACUUGGCCUCCUCCCUCGAGACAAUCCUCCACAAGAUUCCGAUCAAAUCGACGACAUUGAGAUGAAAAUUAACUGAUUUUUGUUUAUUGCCUUGUGUAAAAAGAUUUCCAUGCAGAAUAGAUAAGUGUAAGAUACUAACAUUAGGUGUAACACAAUUCAACAAUAAGUUAAUAAUGUCUGCAUUCCACUCACUAUUCACAACAACUUUUUAUUUAUUAAAAUAUUUAUUUUCAA